CUGUUUCAGCAACUUGCGUCAGUCGAAAAUUCAAUUUUGAUCGCAAAAGUCGCGCAUAGCUCAGCAGAUUCAAUUUUGCAUUUUUCAAACCAAACAGAACAAUGGCUCCACGCAACAAGGAACAAGAACAGGAGGUGCUCAACUGGGUCUUCGCCGUGCUCGGCGAGAAGGUGCCUAGCGGCCAGUAUGAGGACAUCCUCAAGGACGGCGUCUGGCUGUGCAAGCUGAUCAACAAGCUAGCCCCCGGCUCCGUGAAGAAGAUUCAGGAGCGCGGCACCAACUUCCAGCUGAUGGAGAACAUUCAGCGCUUCCAGGCGGCGGUCAAGAAGUACGGCGUGCCCGAGGAAGAGAUUUUCCAAACUGCCGAUCUUUUCGAGCGUCGCAAUAUUCCGCAAGUGACCCUUUCGCUCUACGCCCUGGGCCGCAUUACACAAAAACAUCCCGAAUUCACUGGCCCCACUCUGGGCCCCAAGAUGGCCGAGAAGAACGAGCGCACCUUCACCGAAGAGCAGCUGCGCGCCCAUGAGGGCGAGCUGAACCUGCAGAUGGGCUACAACAAGGGUGCCUCCCAGGCGGGCCAUGGCGGCUUCAGCAACACGCGCCACAUGUAAAACGGCAAUUAACACCCAUGCACACGCAUACGCACACACACGCCAAUACCAAUAUCAACAAUCACCCACGCAACUACACCAAAAACAAAUUAGUUAAAAGAAAGUUGAUUUGUACAUUUAUAUUUUUGGCAACGCAUCGCGGGCCACUCGGUAAUGUAAUUUAUAUAAUAUGAAAUAAAUAAAUAAAUUAAUUUUAAUAUAAA